AUGUCUGCAAUGAAUAUUUUCAUCCUCUUGUUUGUAAGCCUCGUUUCUUAUCCUGCCCUACCAGUUACUGAUAAGGUAACUAGCUUACCCGAGCAACCACCGGUGCAGUUCAAGCAACACUCGGGAUACAUAACCGUUAAUGUUUCCCACCACCGGAACCUCUUCUACUAUUUCGUAGAAGCUGAAGUUGAUCCACCGUCAAAUCCAGUUGUACUAUGGUUACAUGGUGGGCCUGGUUGUUCUGCCGUGGGAGAAGCGGCAUUUUCACAGCAUGGACCUUUCCUCGUCACUUCCAAGGGUCUGAUAAAAAAUCCCAACAGCUGGAAUACAGAGGCAAAUAUGCUGUACUUGGAUUCUCCAGCUGGCGUCGGUUUCUCUUAUUCGGAAAACAUGUCCGACUACUUAUUUUUAAAUGAUGCCUUUGCAGAUUCUAAAACUAAAAUUUGCUUGAAAGAUGUGUAUACAAAUUUCUCACUACUGUUUCUGUUGUUGUUAUUAGAAAUGGUGGGCAAGGGAUCACCUUACUCCGAUUUCCGAACCAACGAUUUUUUUAUAGCUGGGGAGGGUUAUGCAGGACACUUUGCUCCCCAACUUGCACACCUCAUCCUUCAGACCAAAUCUGAAUUCAAUCCGAAGGGGAUAGCUAUAGGGAAUCCUCUUCUUGAAUUUGACACCGACUUCAAAGGCUCGACUGAUUUUUUGUGGCAGAAUGGAGUAAUUUCAGAGUCAACAUAUGAAAUGUUGAACAAUGAAUGCAGCUACCCAACAAUGCAGAAGCAGAUGAGAGCUACUGGUGAUUUAAGUACCAGCUGUGCUAAAGUUAACCUUCAAAUGGAAACCGAGAUCGAUGGCGAUACAGACGCAUUCAACAUUUUGGCUGAUGUUUGUCCCGUGCCACCAGAAACACGAGCCGGAGUGAAGACAAAUGUAUGCAUACGAGAUGACUCGAUUGCGUACUUGAAUAGGAAAGAUGUGAGAAAAGCUCUUCACGCCAAGCUUAUAGGGGUCAAAGCUUGGUCAUCCUGCAGUCCGGUUCUUGUGUAUGACUUUCAAAAUCUUGAAAAUUCAACCAUAUCUUUGCUAGGGACACUUGUAAAGUCCGGUGUUAGGGUGCUAGCAUAUAGUGGUGAUCAGGAUUCUGUCAUACCGUUUAUUGGGACACGGUCUUUAAUAAAUGGAUUGGCUAAAGAUUUGGUCUUGAAGGUAACAAGACACCACCAAGCUUGGUUUCAUGGAACUCAGGUUGCUGGAUGGACCCAAGUAUAUGGGGACAUCCUCACUUUUGCAACCGUAAGGGGAGCGGGUCAUUCAACUCCAUUAGCUCAACCAGAGAGAUCGUCGGAGAUGAUGAAAGCUUUUUGGAAAGGAAAACCCCCCUCCUUAAAAGACCACCCUUUCCCAUCAAAGAUUGAAAAAAAUAAUGUUUUUUUUUAUUUACUUGUAAACUUGUGUCUUAUCCUAAGUGGGCUUUAUGGUCCAUAA